AUGUAUCUCUUCGGAGGUAACAAGCCCUGGGAUGCGUCCCAAUUCACUGCCUCAGACGACCGCGUCCGGGGCGGCAAGUCCCAGUCCUACCUGACCGUGGUCCCGGCCCCACCAGCACCAGCGUCAGGGUCCCAGGCCGAGUUUUCGGGCCACCUGGACAUCACGGCCCUGGGCGGCGCCGGGUUCGCCUCGCAGCGCACCGCCGACGGCGUGCCGGGCUGGGACGUCUCGGGCUACGACGCAUUGGUGCUGGACGUCGCGCGCGCCGACGCCCGCAAGUACACACUCACCCUCAAGGACGAGGUGCUGCCCCGGCGGCCGGACGGGCGGGACCAGAGCACCGUCAGCUGGGAGUACGACUUUGUCGUCAAGCCUGACAGGGACGGUGUUGCUGCUGGCGCUGGCAGCACGGCUGGCUCAACCCGGGUGGUGAUUCCGUUCGGCGAGUUUCAGCCUACGUACCGUGGCAAGCCGAAAUCUGACGCUGAGCCGCUGGAUCUGAAAAACGUCAAGCGAAUCAGUUUUAUGAUGAGAAGUUUCUUCGGUGACCAGGAGGGCGACUUCUCCGUCGUCUUCAACUCGGUGGCAGUGGAGAAAAGGGGCGGAGACAGAGAUGGCUCGAUUGACUCAGUGGCUGCAGCAAAGGUUGCGCAACACGAGGGACCGCCUGGAGAGAGUGGUGCCAAGGGCAGCACUUUGACGACAUGGAUUGGAAGAUUAUGCGGCUGGGGCAGGUGA